ACAAAUGACAAAAGACAACAAAACAAUUGAAAAUGAACUUGUGUCAAAGUUAGACACAGUCAACAUUGCAAACCAUCUAAACAUAAUGAACAAUUGCGAAGCCAAUGAUGCUAAGGGCGCCGUGGAAAUGGCAGCCUGUAUUAGCAACAGUCCUGCUGUGCCAGCUUCGCCCUCCCCCUUCUAUGGAAAGGCACAGGAGUACUGGUCACAAGUGCCGGCAACUGUGAACGGAAUGUUGGGUGGGCUGGGAUUCAUCAGCGCCGUUGAUAUACAGGGAUCGAACAUAUUUUUACGUGAGCUGAAAUUGGCAGGAAACAAACUUGCUUUGGACUGCGGCGCUGGAAUUGGUCGCGUGUCACGAAAUUUGUUGAUUCCACGCUUCGAUAAGGUAGACCUUGUGGAACAAGAUACUGCCUUUGCGGCAAAAGCACGCGAGUACUGCACAAUAGGAUGCGUUCAUCCGAAUCGUUUGGGAGAAAUAUACAAUGUCGGUUUGCAAGAAUUUCAACCACCGUCAGACAAAAAGUACGAUCUUAUCUGGAGCCAAUGGGUACUAGGGCAUCUGACGGAUGAGGAUCUUCUGGCCUUCUUUCAGCGUAUGCGUAUGUCACUAGCCUCAAAUGCUUAUUUAGUCAUGAAGGAGAAUGUCACAUCCACGAAAAAUGUUAUGAAGGAUGAGGAAGACUCCUCAGUUACGCGCCCGCUCCAGUUAUAUGAGCGCUUGCUUACACAAGCUGGCUUCAGGAUUGUUCGCAAGGUCAAGCAACAAAACUUUCCAAAAGAGUUGUUCCCAGUAUACAUGAUAGCUUGCAAACCCAUAGCACCCAAGUAGCACAAACAACUGUAUACAUACAUACAAGCAAAAAUUCAAAUUAGUACAAAAUUAAAAGUGUUGUACAUUUGAA